AUGGCAGAUCUUUGCUUGUGCGCUCCUUUCAGCGACGAGCACUUAAAACGCGCCACAUUAAUCUACAACAAUCUCCCAGAGGUGUCGACACAGCCAGCCAUCGACGACGAACAUCUGGAUUUCUUCGACAAUCUCCUUUGCCGGCAUCGUCUGCAAGGUGUCAUCGGCCUCCACCUGGCUCAUAGCCAUUAUCCUAUCCCCGACAACACUAUCCUGCUCGGGACCAGCAUCAAUCUCCCAGAUGGAACGAGCGCCGAAAAAUCUAUUCGCCGCUGGGUCAAGCCUACCCUCAUAGAGGAUGUGCGCGGCGAGCAGAUUCAUGGACAUGUAUAUGUCGUCAAACCAAAUGGCUCUCUCCACCCCUACGAGUUCCAGCACGGCCAUUUUCCGGUUCCUUCUGAGCUCGACCUCGGUCCUUUCCUUCGAGAGUUCGCCAAAGCAGUGAUGGAAAAGGAGCUGCAGGAUUUAAUUGCACUUGAAAUCCUCCAUCCUGAAGACACUAACCGGGAACUGGCGUUGGAAUUCAUCGUCGACGAGGUCCACCAUAUUCUGGUCGACGAGUCGGUGGCGGAGGGGUGGAAGCAGACUCGGACAACUGGCUGGGCGCACAGAGUCGAGGGGGAUGGGGGGGCUCGCGUUUUGAAGGGUAACGUGGCUUACGCCCCACCAAAAAAAGGGGAUGGCCAUGUGACUUACACCGAUGGGAAACCGGAUGCGAAACCGGCCACCGUUUCGGAUGUGGCGAGUGCGCUUGCAGCGCUUUGGAAGUAG